AUGAAAAAGGGAAGCGGUAAAUCAGCAGGAGUGGAAGGUCAGGGUAAGUCCGACUCAGCACUUGACAUGCAGUUUUGGAACUAUUUAAAGAAAGGUGAUGUUGAUGGAUUAGAAGAGAUGCUUUUACGCCGUGUGGAAGACCCAGAAACUGGUGCUGUAACAGAAGAAGUGAAUCAUAUUGUUGCCCAAAAACUUGUAAAUAGUCCAAAUGCAAAAAAGAUAUUACCACUUUCCUUUGCGGUUAGUCAAGGAAUGGAUGAACAAGGAUUACAUCUUCUUUUACGAGCUGGUGCUAAAGUAAAUGGUAAAGAUAGUGCUGCUGAACAGGCAACCGCAUUACAUACAGCCUGCUGGGGAGAAGAUGAUAUUGCUGCUGCCCUUCUUCUUCGCUGUGGGGCAAAUCCUCUCAUUACAGACGCAGAUGGACGAACACCUUUGCAUGUACUCGCCUCACUAAAUGCAGCGGCUCUUUUUUCAUAUAUUCUGGAAACUGUAACUACACCAAAUGUAGAACAGGAGGGUGUUCUCUAUUUGGAAGGUCGUUCACCUGUAAUGGUGUCAGCGGAUGAAUUACUAAAGAAAAAAGAUAACGCUGGAUUUACAGUUCUUCAUACAUGUGUAUCAGAGAUCAGUAGUGGUUCUAAUCGUGUGGUUUCAGAAUUAUUGGAUUAUUUGGAAACAAUGGCAGGAAAAAAUCCAGAGAGUGUAAAGAGUUUGGUAAAUAUUUCAACAGAAUCGGGUAGUAGCGCUUUACAUAUUUUAUUAUCCUCACCAAACAGUGAUGAAAAUAUUGUCAUUCAGAUAUUAGAACGUCUCUUAAAGCUUGGAGCUGAUCCCACAGCCAUUGAUGUAUGGGGUUACACUCCUCUGGCUGUUGCUAUUAUGGCCCAUUCAGGUAUUGCAGUAUCAAAGAUUUUGCAAAUGCUUUUAGUGCAAAUGAGUACAGAGGAAAAUGUGAUGGGAAAACUGGAGAAAACAUUUUUACAACGUGAUAGUAAAAAAGAAUAUGCACUUAUUCAUCAUGCCAUUGCACGACGAAACAUUGAAGCUGUUAAAGUUAUGGUAAAUUUUAUUAAAUCAUUAGAUGAAAAAAAUGGAUCACAUUUCAUUAAAGGAUGGAUAGGGGAUGUAAUCGCGGAAGAUGAUAUGAGUGUGGUUCAAAUGGUUGUUGAUACUAUGUGCGAUGAAAUUGCAGAUAUAUUGAUUACGGCUCAUGCUAUUGAUGAAGAUGUUUAUAACCGCCUUAAAAGUGAACAUAAAGAAAAAGAACAACAACAACAAAACAUCAAGAAAUCAAAGUUAGGUGUUAAUAAAGAUAACAACUCGGAUGAGGAGGAUGAAGAAGAAGAAGAUGAUGAUGAUGAUAGUGAAAGCAGAAACGAUCAAACUUCUAAAAAGAAUACUGGUGAUUUUUCAGGUUUUGGUUCUGCCAACAUGGCCUCGGGAUCACGGGUUCAACAAGCACGUAAAGCCAGAGCACAAGCGGCUGCACAGCGAAGGAAAAAUCCACAAACACGGGCUGGAGGUGAAGGCAUGCAGUUUAAUAGAGAGGGAAUUCCCCUCUGGGCAAAGAUUGCAUUUGGGUUUUUAAUACUCUCAAUGAUAUUAAGGGGCAUUAGUUUGCUGCGUGGGAACACAAAAGCACUUCAAUAA